AUGGUUAAUACAAUUGUAACCCUGGAACAAUAUAGAAAAUUACAGUUUGACCACUGUCUGAAACUGGAGGCAGCCCGAAGACAGGUGGCUGGUGGUAGAGAUUCUGAAGAAAUGGAAAUAGACAGAGAUCCUUUUAGUGCUUUUGGAUUGACGAGGAAGAGAAGCAGGAGGCUGCUUCCCUACAGAGUCUGUGACCAGAGGCCUCUGGACAAAGUAGGCCUCGGGCUUCGUGUGUACCGCACAGUACCCAGAUCUGUCCGCAGUGACGAAGGCACCAUGCUCAGGCUUCUGAGACAGGCCAUGAACUUCUUCCGCAGGAGGAUGGACCCCACCCAGGAGCAGCAGCCACAGCAGAUGGAGCUCCUGAAAGCUAACAGCCAUUUGAAAAUCAUACGAGGGGUGGUGACAAGUUUCUAUGGAGAUUAUGGCUUGAUUAAUGGGUCCAUCUACUUCAGCUGUGACGUCCGUGAGGGAAAUAGACCCGUAAAGAUUGGACAAAGAGUGACUGCAAUUGUCGAAGGAGAUACAAUUUCUCUUGGAUUUAAAGCAUUCAAAGUGAAUAGACUCUAUGAUACUGUCGAUGACUCUGGACCACUGGAACUUGAAACCAGAGUUUUGACUGCUUGUGUAAUGUCUGUAAGCACAGAUGCUGUCUACAUUAGUAAGAAAACUUACUUCUCCCUAGACAUUGUUUCUGAAGGUUUUAUGCCUUAUAAGGGCGACUGGCUGGCAGUAGAGUAUUCCCUACUGCCAGGCACAUCUGAUGUCAUGGCACAAUCAGUGAAACCCAUGGAUUGUAGACGUGUGGAGGAGGUCUGCGUCACUAGCCUGCAUGGAAGAAGUGGAGUGGUAGACAAUAAUAUCUUCUUCACCUUGGAUUCACUGAAUCUUCCUGAUGGAUACAGUCCCCAGAUAGAUGACCUUGUCAAUGUGGUCAUGGUGGAAAGUAUUCAGUUUUGCUAUGUUUGGAGAGCAAUUUCUAUGAGCCCUGUGUAAUUAUUGUAAUAAGUAAUGUUUUCCAGUCCCUGUUUGUGUUUUCAUUUAUGGGCAGUAGAGACUGGUUGAAUUAGAAAACUUUGCUCAGUAAGCCAACACAAUAUUUUAGAUAGAAAAAUUAUAUCAGUACAGUUAAGAUACUGAAUAGUUCAUCUGGGACCAUGAACCCACUGUAGAGAAGUGCCUUAUCAAUGAAAAGCAUGCUAAAGCUGGCUAGUUACUAUAGAAAUAGUUUCCUAAAAACAACACUGAAAUUAAAUUUAAAUGCCUCGUUUUCCAUGGCUAGGAGUGGUGGCAGAGGCCUGUAAUGGCCAUGAAGUGACCAUCAAAGACAAAGCAUUUUAAUCAAGAGGCAGUAAGGCCAGCUUGUCAAUGGGCAUGAGUAAAAGUAGGAUUUGCCGUCCACUUUGAGUUCCCAUUUUGUUGCCUAUUCUAGUUUGAUUUUUUCUAUGACAGUUUUCAUCCUCACCUAUACAGUUGGUUAUGUUAAUUAUCUUGGCCUUUCUAUUCUCACCCACAACAAGGUGCACACUCCACCAAAGAAGGGUAUUUUUCAUUUGUUUUUCUUUUUCUAAGACAUC